AUGGCAAGAACAAAACAACAUGCGAGAAAGGGAGGGGAUGGUGUCAAGAAAACACCAUUCAAGAAGUACAAGGGUGGUGCUGCUGCUCCUCAAGAAGGUCCCAGUUUUCAAGACAACGCAGACAAGUUUAUGAUAUCAAAGCUCAAGGUAGCAUCAAGAAGUGUAUUUGGUGGUGUCAAUAGAGUUGAUUUACGUACCGUCUAUGAAAAUAAAGAAGGUGCCAUAGCCCCAACACAAAAGGGUAUUUCAUUCUCACUGGAAGAGUGGAAUUUAGUGAAACAAAAUAUCGCCCUUAUUGAUAGUUGGUUUGCUAUGCCAACUGGAGCUUCUACCAUUUCAACCACUGCAGCACCAACAGGUACCUCCACCACCUCCACUACUACUACUCCAAAGGCCAAAAAAGAAACACCAAAGAAAUCAUCUAAAGAUGAAGAUGAUGAAAUGUCUGAUGAUAGUGACGAUUCCGAAGAUGAUGAUGAAUCUGAUGAUGAAUAA